GAGAUAAAGUUUUGUAUUUUGAAGCGGCUAAAGACAAAACACAUUUAGAAAAAUUAGAUCAAAAAUGGAAAGGACCGUACUAUAUCCAUCAAUUGUUAUUAAAUAGAUCAUACAAGAUAAGAGAACUAGAUGGUCGUGUACUUCGAACCCCAAUAAAUGGAGAUCUUUUAAAA